UGGCGGCGCCCACUGGGGGAAGCCAUUGACGGGUGCACGUCGCCCGCCCGGACUGGGAGAGGCCCUUCGCCAUGCGGGCCGCCAAGGCCGGGUUGCACGGGCUCUUCGCCGUCUACAAGCCCGCGGGGGUCUCGUGGAAGGUCGUGCGGCGCACGGUGGAGACCAAACUCCUGGGCGAGUUGAACUCAUUAGAGCGACCCCCACCGCGACAGCACGUACGCUUCCUGCCGAGCACAGUAGAAGGGAAAGAUGGGAAAGAAGUGACACUGACAGUGACGCAGGUUCCGACGUUGGUUGACCACCCGCUCGUUUCUGGGCCAGUAUUCACCCACUUGAAAGUUGGAACAGGCCACCGACUAGAUACACAAUCAUCUGGCGUGCUUGUACUUGGUCUGGGUCGCGGAAACAAGCUAUUCGAGGAUGUGUAUAACGCCCACCUCAGCAGGACCUAUACAGUUAAGGGCUUGUUUGGCAAAGCCACGGAUGACUUCUCAGAUACAGGAAAACUGAUUGAAGAAGCAGCCUUUUGUCUUUUCUUGCCUCCAGAUCACAUCACCGGGGAGAAACUGGAACGAAUUCUCGCUGUUAUUCAAGGAUCCAAUCACAAGGCACUGUUGACAUAUUCUAACAUUGACCUGAAAACACAAGAGGCCUAUGAGCUGGCUAUAAAAGGGUUAAUUCGACCCAUGGAGAAAAGCCCUCCCUUGAUCACAGCAAUUCGAUGUCUCCAGUUUGCACCGCCUGAGUUCCAGAUAGAAAUUCACUGCAUGCACGAGACGCAGCAGUACCUCCGAAAAAUAGUUCACGAGAUCGGAUUGGAGCUGAAGUCCACUGCUGUGUGCACAAAUCUGCGGGUCCGUGGCGAAGCGCUCACUUUGGAUGGCAGCCCUCUUACGAGCCGCGGUGGACCCUGCCGCGAUAUUCGAGCAGCCAUCCUGCAGUGCAGGCGGAAGUUAAGCCGGAGCCGGAGAAAAACGCGGCUUUACCAGGAAAUCUUUGCCAGCUCCGAGGAGGGCGGGGCCAGGCUGUUGCAGACUGCAGGUGACUGA